GUCGUAAUUUCCUUUUAAUCCAGCUCUAGUCCGCACAGCAAAACAAAAAAAAUUUUUAGCGAGCGGUUGUGGUCGUCGGACGUAAAAUAGCGCGCCUCCGCGAAUGACGCAGACUAGAAGCUUCCACUUGGAUGACAAUCGGCUAAAUAACAUUCAACAAUAGUGGGGCACUUGCAAAUUACCGUUGCAUCGAGCUUUGCAAACAUCAACAGAUGCGACAAACGGCAAGGCAGUAGCAACAACAACAAAGAAAACAAGAACGGAAUUUUGUUAUUGACGCAUAAAGCAGAAUCGUAAUUUGGCCUGUGAACAUUUUCUAAAACGACAGCCAUGUCCGACGCGGCCAAGUCCAACAACAAUGCGUCUGCCGAUGCACCUGAUCCGGCCACUCCUGAUGCCGCUGGAGGACCUGGCGAGGCCAAUGACGCCGUUCCGACAACUCCACGUGGCAAUCACAACAACAACAACAGCGCCAACGGUAGCGGCAGCGGCAAAAGCAAGAACAAACUGAAGUCAACACAGAACAGCAGCGGCGGGGGGAGCAUUGACAAGCUUUCGCCAGAUCAGGACAUCUUCAUCAACGCCGCCGACGGUCUGCCCAACCAGCAUCCCUCGCUGCCGAAGGAGGGGGACGUGGAUAGCGACACCGAGCCGGAGGUGGACGCGGACUCAUUCGACGACCUACCCACCUCGAUCAUCGUGACCAACAUCCACUCGGAGGUGUUUGCCAAUCCGGAGCUAAAGCACGCCAUGGAGGAGCUGUUUCGCACCUUUAGCGAAUCGGCCACGUUCCAGUGGCUGCGCAGCUUCCGCCGCAUGCGGGUGAACUAUGACAACGCCAUUGCGGCGGCCAAUGCGCGGAUCAAGCUGCACCAGUACGAAUUCAACAAGAAGACGGUGAUCACCUGCUACUUCGCCCAGCCGGUGACACCGGUCAGCAACAAGAACCUGCAGCCGCCGGCGCCGGUCAAACAGUUCCUCAUCUCGCCGCCCGCCUCGCCGCCAGCCGGUUGGGAGCCACGCGAGGAGGGCGAGCCCCUGGUCAACCACGACCUGCUGGCCGCCCUGGCCAGCCUCACGCCCGGCGAGUCGCACGAGCUGCAUCCCCAGAGCGAGGACCAGCCGGCCAUCAUUGUGCACACGGCCAUGCUGGCGGAGACCGGCACCACAGGCCUACAGGUGAAGGCGCCGAUCGUCCAGACCAAGUGCCCGGAGCGGGCAUAAUCAUCAGGCCGAGGCGAAGCUAAAGCUGAAGCUGAACACUUGAGUUGUAGGCCCAAAACGAACUGGACAACGGGCUGGGUUUUUAUGCUCCGCGAAAGGAUGGGGCUUGGAUUGAGUAUUUUAUGUAAAUAGUUUCCGAUUCAAUUGUGAUUAUUUUACACAUACAUAUAUUUAGCUACGUUCGUAUGUUUCUAUUACUAGGCACUCGAACUCCCAUACCCAUACCUUUACUCUUACCCGACACACUUUCCCACCAUUCGUUUGAAAUGUAGCAUUUAACCCAAUUGGCUUCUGAUACAAGUUAUUUGGCUAGCAACCGCAUCUAGAUGUGUUUAUCUCUCGAUUUGAGUGUGUCUAUGUCUAAGAAUAUCGAUGUUAACCCAUCGCGACUACCUGCUACCAAUAUCUCUAUCUCUGUGUACCUUCGAUGGGAAAUCGCUGCCAGAGGCGCUAUCGAGAACAGCGAUCCGAAUCCCAGAUAUAAUGCUACUAUAUCUAUGUAAAUGUUAAUGUAAUUCUAAGCCAGCGAAAUGGUGUUGCGAUAUCGCAUCAGAUGUCGCAAUACAUACGUAUAUAACUCUAUAUGCCUACGUGUAGUUAAACUUUAAAUUGAAAAUAUAUUCAGAUUCGAAAUGAAUGUUCUCAAAUGUACCAAACAAAACAAAACAAAAAAAGAAAUUCCAAAAACGAAACAAAAACAGAAAAACCGAAACAAAA